GGUGGUAGGUAUUUAUAUUUAUAUUAGGUAUUCAUCUCUUAAACGCCGUUGGGACAUUGCAAAACUACCGAGUCAACAACUUAACAACGACUUACCUGCAAAAUGACCGCCCCUGAGAACUUCCCUACCUCUCUUCCACGGGUUGAAUGCCUAAUUCAGAACGGCCUCAAAUCCCGGAUUUUGAUGCCAGCUGAUCCCGCCUACGCUGCCCGGAUCGACUCUUACUGGUGUAAUAGCGCUAAAUUGCGACCAUCCUGUAUCGUUCAGCCGCGCUCCGCUGAUGACGUGUCCAAAGCCGUUGUCGCCCUUGCAAAGGCUAAUCAGCCCCUCGCCGUCCGCUCCGGUGGCCAUACCAACUGGGCCGGCAGCAACAACAUCACCGAUGGCGUCACUAUAGACUUAGGCCUGCUCAAUUCUACGAGAUAUGAUGACACUAACCAGACCGCCCACAUAGGAUCUGGAGGGAAGUGGAAGCAUGUCUAUGCCGAGCUUGAAAAGCAUGGCCGCACAGUCGCCGGCGGUAGAGAGGCCGAGGUCGGCGUGGGUGGCUUCCUGCUGGGCGGCGGGAACAACUUCUACGCCUCUCGUUACGGUUUGGCUUGUGAUUGUGUCAUAGCCUACGAGGUCGUUUUGGCUGAUGGGAGCAUUGUCACUGCCAAGGCAGACGAACAUACCGACCUCUUCCGCGCUUUGAAAGGCGGAGGCAAUAACUUCGGCAUUGUCACAUGUUUCACCAUGUCGACCAUACCUAGCGGCCCUAUAUGGGGUGGACUGGCUCUUCAUCCGUUGGACAUCUUCCCGGCCGGGAUCAAGACCGUGGUCGACUUCACGACCAACAAUGCAACGGAUCCGGACUCCAGCAUGCAAUUUGUAGUCGGCUACCAACCCAGAUUUGGCGGCGGCGUUUGCAUUACCAUCGCAAAUAACAUGGCCGCCGUUGAGAAGCCUCCUUUGCUCCAGGCUGCUUUGGCACUGCCUGAGAUUAUGAGCAAUUACAAGACGACCACGCUCCAAGAAGUUCUCACCUAUUCUUCGCUACCACCCAACUACUAUAACAUCUGGUUCACUUUGACCAUCAAGAAUGAUGCUUCUAUUCUCGUCAAAGCCGCUGAGCUGCAUAAUCAGAUGACGAAGGAGCUCCAGGCAGGUAUUCCUGAUCAGGAUUUCACCUCCCAUGUCGCCUUCCAGCCGUUACCACGAUUAUUUGUGGAGAGGUCGCACGCUACUAACGCCAGUGGAAACGUGCUCGGGCUCGAGCAGAAUACCAGCGAUGCCAUCUUGAUUCAGGCGUGCGCGAGCGUCCGUACCGCCGAAUUGGAGGCAUGGGCUCGUCCCAAGGUUCGUGCGUUGGUUGACGAGGUGCGUGCUUUCGCUAGCAACAUCGAGGGCGGUGUCGUGCCGUGGGUGUACCUUAAUUACGCUCAUUCUAGCCAAGAGGUUCUACAGAGCUAUGGCCCGGAGAACAUUCGCAGGCUCCGAGAGGCCUCGUCUAAAUAUGAUCCCGAGGGCAUCUUCCAGCGCUUGUGUCCCGGUGGCUUCAAGAUUUCGGCUUUGAAGAAUUGAAUUAUUCUACGUUAAUCUCAAGUAUGUAGGAGGUAGUUACAUAUGCAUACCUACCUGGACUUAGGCAUGGUACCAAUACAUAUGUCAUAAGUAAACCUGAACAUACCAGGUAGGUAGGGUAGGUAGGCAUUCAAUUUUAUUGGCUCGAUCGUUUGAAUCACAGCAUGAUGCAAGUAGGAAUGUCUUAAUCCGGCAAUUUUCCGCAUGAAGAACGUGCAUCACCAAAGUGUUACGAACCUCAGAACCGGGGCACAUGCGGCUCACAUGACCACAAGAAGGAAGUGAAAGGUACCUAGGUGCCUAACCUAAGUGAAGAGUGCGACUAAUACAAACAGUAUAAACAGUACCUAGUAGUAUAGUUCUAGUGAUAUAUUGACGUUUGUCCCCCUCAA